UCUCCUGCUGCGGGUGUCUCCGCGUCGCUCGUCGUCAAACAAGAGCCGCCGACGACGACGACGGAGUCGCUCUCUCGCCACCACACAACCCCGCCCACACCCCUCCCCCCCCCCGGGGUGCACCUGGGCGCACCUGGGCUCACCUGGGCUCGGGCGGAGACUUUAAACACGCAACGCAACUCCGCGGGAUAGGUGAGCUGCGGCUAAAGCGUCGACAUCUUCAUCAUCGUCGUCCUCUUCGUCUCAAUCAACACGUGGAGUCGUGGUGCUGUGGAGCUGCAGGUGACAACGGCGAGUUCGCGACAUCGCCGGGCGGGCCACGGGUGUGCGACAUGAGCAGCGGGUGAAGAGAGCGACAGAUCGAGGAAGAAGCCACUGCAGGAGGCGGUUAAAGAGGUGCGAGGGACAGCGCGAGGAGGAUGGGCGAGCCCGGGACCUCGUCGACACGGCGCCGCACUGCCACCGCCGCCGCCGCCGUGACCGCAGGUGGCGGUCGCUUCCUGCGCCCCGUUCGCCCCACGGUCGAGGCGCUCGCCGUUCGGGGUCCGUCCCCAGCUCGGCGUGACGACGACGACGACGACCGCGACCGCUGCCGUGGCGGCAGUAGCGGCGGCGGAGCGGCCGGGGAGCGAGCGGCGUGGGGAGACCGCAGAGCGUCGCGAGAAGCCGAAGCCGGGGCUCCGCGGCGAGCGGAGCAACGGGCCGCAGGGGACGAUUGGGCCGGAGGAGGAGGCCGCGCCAACGUCCUGCGGGAGGAGCGGCCCGGAGGUCGGCAGAGACUCGGCGGUGCGAGGCAGGAGAACGGCGGAAGAAGGGCACAGCCUCCGGGGGAAGACGAGGGAGAGCCCAGAAAAUGGAAGAGAUGGGAGGCCGGGAGCCCUGCCCAGGAGGAUGCCGGCAGGCGGGAGGCAAGAAGACCUGCCCUGUCUCUGCUUGAAAAGUUCAGGGGUCAAGACGCACUGGUGGAAGCCGACAGUCCUCCCCGUGCAGGAUCGAGGAGUUUUCAAAGGAGGGGCACUGAAGGCUCUCUGCAGGAGGAGCCCGCGGCUCAGGCGAGAAGAGGAUCGGCGAAGUCUCUCCAUGAAGACGCGAGGAGGUUGGAGAGGCGGGCAGCAGCAGCAGCAGGGAUUCCCGCCUUCGAGAAGUCCAGGAGCCAGGAGGGAUUCUUCGAUUCUGACGGUCCUCUCCGUGCAGAGCCCAAAAAGAAGUGGGAGAAGCAGGUAGAAGCUGGGGGUUCUCUCCGCGAAGGCUCCAUGAGGUGGGAGAGGCAGGCCAUAGCUGGAGGUUCUGUCCGUGAGAAGUCCAGGAUUUGGGAGAGGCUAAUCGAAGCCGAGAGUCCCGUCCUUGAGAAAUCCAGGAGUCAAAGCAGGCCGAUAGAGGUCAACGGCUCCCCCCGCGAAGAAUCCAGGACAUGGAGAGGAAGAAUAGCCAUCGAGCGUUUCCUGCGAGAGAAGGAGGAACCCGGGACGCAGGGACUUGGGGGAUCGGCAGGUCACCGUCUUGGCGAGCCCAGGGAUCUUGAAAGGCAAGGGGCUUCAACUUCCCUCCACGAAGAUUCCAGGAGGUGGAAGAGACAGGCGACAGCCAGGGUUCCCCUCGUUGAGAAGCCCAGGGGCGAUGAGAAACGACUGCACUUGGAAAAAAGUCUUCUCUCUGAGGAAGCCAAGGGGCGGGCAAGGUGGGCAGAAGCUGGCGGUCCUCUCCGUGAAGACUCUAGCGGUUCAAGGAGAGGGCUCGAGGCCGUCCUUCACGACGAGCCCGUGACACGUGGACAAAGAGUAUUAGCCGGCCAUGCUCUUGAAGAGCCCAGGGGUGUCGAGAGGCGAGGGGUGUCGAGCUCUCUCCACGAAGAUUCCGGGAGGUGGAAGAGGCAGGCGGCAGCCGGGGUUCCCCUCGUUGAGAAGUCCAGGGAGUGGGAGAGACGAAUGGAUCCCGAUGGCCCUCCUGCUGAAGUAUCCAGGAGUUCGAGAACAACGGGAGCAACUGAGAGCUUCCUGCAGGAGGAGCCCGCGAUGCAGGGCAAGAGAGGAUCGGCCAUUUCCCUCUCCGAAGAACCCAGAAGGUGGGAGAGGCGGGCAGCAGCAGCAAGGAUUCCUGUCCUCGAGAAGUCCAGGAGCCAGGAGGGCCUCUUCGACUCUGACAGUCCUCUCCAUGCAGAGCCCAGGAGGUGGGAGAAACGGGUAGAAGCCGGGGGCUCUCUCCGUGAAGAGUCCAGUCGGUGGAAGAGGCAAGCAUCACCUUGGGGUUCCGUCCGCGACAAGUCCAGGCAACGGGAGACAGAAGCCGACUCUUCUCCUGAGCCUCGAAAGGGCACAGACAAUCCCGUGGAGUCGGUGGGCCGGGCCCGCGUGGCCCAACCCUCGAUAAGGAGGCCCUCGCAGACGAUGGGCGAUCAGCCAGGGUCGCCGGAGAAAUUGCCGCGGAGAGACUCGGAGGUGUUGGGCAGUCCCAGGCCGGGGAUGCUGCCGGCGCGAAUGAGGCUUGCGAUGCUCCGAGAAAAGCUGGCGUCGGAGGGGAUGAUCCUGCAGGAUUCGAAGAACUUCAGGCUGAAAUCCUCGGUCUCGACUGGCAAUGGGAACCAGAGCCCUGGGACUGGGGUACAGGCCGGUCAGGAUAGCCCGAGCGCCAAGGAGAGUGAGGAGGCAGAGACUGCUACUAAGAUUGGGACCGAGACGAAGGCUGACACCAAGGCUAGGAUAGAGGCAAGGCCCGAGACUGUGACCAAGGCUGAGACCAAGACUGGGACCAGAACUGGGACUGCUAUCGAGGCCCAGGCAGAGCUUCCACGUGGAGUGAAGAUGCGGAGCGGAUUCGCGUCGGAGGGAGACCGCGAUCGGGGCCAGAGGUCAAACCGUGGGGUCGGAGUUCGUGAAGAAACGGCCCCUACCGCAUCUCGCACGGCCGACCUCUGCUCGCCCACGGAGGACAUCGUCAAGCAGUCGGCCCGCCGCAUCAUCGGCGACUACCUGACCCAGCCUCGGCCCAUCCACAAACCGCUCCACGCCAAUGAUGACGGAGGCAGUCCAGAAGAUGCGCCGCGGGAGGCGAAGGCACGACCCUCCGGCGAGAGCGGCAGCGGCUCGGCGGCGACAUCGAAGGAGGGUGUUCACAACGGCGGGGGGGGGCCCUGGCACGGCCGACGGGCAGAGGAAGUGGACGUCCUGGCGAGUCGCACUUCCCGGCCGACGGAUGAUCGCUCGGCGGCGGCAGUGGCGACACAUUCCGGGCGCCGCUACCGAAACGGUGAAACGCCGAGCCCGAGCCGUGGCGAGCGAGAGGGCGGCACGCUCAAUGGCUUGGCGGGGAGAGCAGCGACAGCGUCCGAGGUGUGCCCGGCAGGCCCGGCCGACGCGUCCGAUGAUUCGGUGGGCGAGGGCAAGAUCGGCCGCGAAGGCAAAAUAGGCGGCAGGGGGUCGUCAGCCCCGAAAAAGGAGAGCCACGUGGAGGGUCGGGGUUCACCGUACAGAAAGGUGGGGCUACGGAGGCACGGGCAAAUGGUCGGCACGGAGGAAGUGGGACGCCAAGAGGAGGGUGUCGGACACGAGGAGGAGCUUGGGUACCGCAAGGGACACUUCAAAGGCCCGGCGUUGGGGCACCUCGAAGGCCCAGCAUUGAGCAACAAGGAAGGGUUAACGUUCCCUCAGGAAGGCCUAAGGGAGAAGAAGGACGUUGGAAAUGUGAGGGAAGGCCUAAGGCACGUGGAUGGUGGUGAACGUAAGGAGGUCAGAGAUUAUAACAUGGAAGGAUUAACUUAUCAAUCAGAAGACAAGGAAGGCUUGAAGAAGGAACAUUUGAAGACAGAAAGUCCCACGGCUAAACAGGAAGGCCUAAGCGACCAGAGAAGCCUGAAGGACAAUGAGAGAGCAAAAGUUUACAGAACGGGAAAAACGUGGGUCAAGAGCCUCCAAGCAGAUGACGAGGGUCUGGUGGUACCCGUGAGGAGGAGAUUGAGAUAUGGGGAAGAGCUCAUCGCCAGCAAUGACCUCAAUUAUAAAGUCAAAGACGCAGGUGACCCGGAAGCUCAAGUUGACACAAAGAGCCAAGGGUACCAAACGGAAGACGUAGGAACCAAGGAAGACCUGUCGGAUGAGGAGGCCGAGGAUAAGGACAGUUCAAGGUACAAGGCAAGCCUGGUCCACGUACGUGUCCAACCAGAGUGCAACAGAGAAGACGAACUGCAGGGCAGAGAUCAGGUGCACAGAGGAGAUGGCCUGUCUAAGAGUGAACUCGCGAUCGACAGGAGAGACCCAGAGUUCACGCAGCAGGACGAGAACCGGGUCGGGGGGUCAGACUCUGAGAAGGGCGAGCCGCGGGAUGAUCCCGGAGUCCGGCGGGGCAAACGAGAUCAGGCCAUCAGCGGGGACGAUGAAUCUCGCCGAGGCUACGGCCUCAUGGGCGAGGAGGGAGAGGAGGAGGAGGAGCAGUGGCCUGCGUACGAACGGGAAGAUGACGCUCGUCAAAGGGAUGGUGCCGGCGACAGCAGCGGCCUGACAGGCGAUGCACAGGGCAUGGGUGAUGAUUACAAACAGCGACCGUCCACGACGGAAGAUCAAAUGAAGAAGGAAGGCUUUACUGGUGGGGAAGAUGUGGGACUGAGCCACAAGCACGCGUGGGCGCACGCUAUAGAUAAGGAAAGUCUGGCAGACAAAGCACAGAGCCUAGACGAUGGGCACACAUUCAAAGCGUCGGUGUAUAAUGAGCAAAGAGAGAAUGAAGGUUUCACUGGUGGGGAUGAUUUAGGACUGAGAUUUAACAAAGUUUGGGUAAGCGAUGGAGAAAAUCGUGGUUUGACGAGAAAAGCACAGAGCCUAGACGAUGGCCAUACAUUCAAAGCGUCGGUGUAUAAUGAGCAGAUAGUGAAUGAAGGUGUCACUGGUGGGGAUGAUUUAGGACUGAGUUUUAAGAAAGUUUGGGUUAGCGAUGGAGAAAAUCGUGGUUUGACGAGAAAAGCACAGAGCCUAGACGAUGGACACACAUUCAAAGCGUCGGUGUAUAAUGAGCAAAGAGGGAAUGAAGGUUUCACUGGUGGGGAUGAUUUAGGACUGAGAUUUAACAAAGUUUGGGUAAGCGAUGGAGAAAAUGGUGGUUUGACGGGCAAAGCACAGAGCCUAGACGAUGGCCAUACAUUCAAAGCAUCUACAAAGGACCACCAACGAGAUGAGGAAGGUUUCACUGGUGGAGAUGACUUGAGACUGGGUCACAAGACUGCUUGGGCACACAAUAUAGAUACAAAUAGUCGAGCUGACAACGCACACAGCGCAGACUCUGAUUUUAAACACCAAGUGUCUCCGAAGAAAAAUAAAAUGGAGGAGGAAGGUUCCACUAAUGGAGAUGAUUUAGGAGUGAGCCGUAAGAACACAUGGGCGCACAGUCUAGAUACGAAGAGUCUAGCAGACAACGCACGGAGCCCAGAUGAUGGCCACACAUUCAAAGCAUCAAUGUAUGAAGACCAGAGAGAGAAGGAAGGUUUCACUGGCGGGGACGAUUCAAGACUGAGCCUCAAGAGUGCGUGGGUGCCCGCGAAAGAUACAGAUAGUCCAGCUGACAACACACACAGCCCAGACUCUGAUUACAAACACCAAGCCUCGACAAAGGAAAAUCAAACGGAGAAGGAAGGAUCCAUUGAUGGAGAUGAUUUAGGACCGAGCCACAACAAAGUUUGGACACACGACCCAGAACAUCAUGGUUUGACGGGCAAGGCACAAAGUCUAGACGAUGGCUCCACAUUCCAAGAGUCUACAAGGGACGACCUAAGAGACCGGGAGGGUUUCACCGAUCCGCACAAUGUUGGACCAAGGCACGAGAGCGAUUGGGCACGUGGCACACAACAGCCCCGCGAAGACGACGGGGAACGGCUGCGAGAGGAGGGCGGCGAGCCAUUUAUAGGCGAAGGCCCGAGUGAUGGAAAUGGAGGCUUUGAACCGAAGCGUGGCGCAGACCACGGUGAGGUGAAAGUCGAGAUCAAUGGCACGAGCGACGACGGCACGAGCGACGGCACAAGCAGCGGCAUGCUGCGCAGGAGUUUCGGGCACAGCUCCUCCGCAGAAGAGGAGCCUGCGCGCCAAGAUGAAGAUGGCUUCGGAAUCGAUGGCGCCGGCAAUGAUUGGGAAGAUGUCACGGCGCGCGUGCCCGCGGUCGUGCCACGGAGACACCCGCACGGCGGCGAUGACGAUAACGUGAUGCCCGAGAAUGUUCACAACGGUGGCUCCGGCUAUGAAGCACCGGGAGAGAAUUCCGACGGUGAGGGGAGACAUGACGACGAUGGGAAGAGCGACGCGGGCCACAGCACGGCCGGGUCAGCUUCGGCGAACGCCGGCUCCAGUCCGGUGUUCAGAAAGCCCUGUCUGGCAGAUGACGAUCGCACAGCGCUGGAAAACUCAGAUGACGGUCGGCCUCUGCCUGACGGCAAUAAAUCCAGAGGCUCGGAUUCCACAAAUUACCGCAUUGGUUCACGGGAGAAUGAUUUCACCAGGUCCGGUGAAAGUCACGGGAGGGUCGAACCCCUCAAUGAUAACGCCGUGUGGCUCAACGGAGGGACUGUAGCUGCGAAUGGCACUGGCUCGGAUAACCUUCCACAAAUCCUCGACUCCUUUAAAGACGUUGAUGGCACGGUAGUUGCUGAUGAAGGCAGGGAAGGCAUCGAGGUGAGCGACCGCGCGCAGGGGCCCAAAGCGAAUGGGGCGGAUGCCCCCGGCGCGUCGCCCGCUCACGGAGACGCGGCACCCCGAGGCGACAGCGGCUCGACCAGUGGAGUCUCGAGCCCGCAGUGGGUGGACUAUUUCAUAGACAGCGGGUCACCUGACUACGACGACGUUCACGGCACGUUUGCGCAUGUGCCGAUUGUCGGCCCUGCCCCCGGAGGCCACGUGGCACCACGCGACGACGGCACGAACCCCUUUCUCUUCGUGCACGACGCCGUCGGGCAGGAAGCGGAUGCAGACGGGUGCGGCGGACGCGGCAUUUGGAGCGCCCUGUUCGCCGGGGGCAAGCCGUGUGCCGGGCGGUUCUUCGAAGGCCCAGAGGACGACCUGGAGAAUCUCCCGGACUGGCUUAGGAGCAUCGGCCCCUCUCCGAAUCCCCUGCCCCUUCCAAGGAGUUCAAGGGACCGCCCCCCACGCCAGAGGCAUUGGCAGCUUUACAAAUUCCUCCCUCCCAUCAAGGAGGAGGUGGAGAUUCGCAAGCGGCCGCCACCGAUCGUCAUUACUCCUCCGGCGGCCACCAUCUUGACGGCGGCGACGGCGGUGGCGCAAAAGACGCCGGAUACGAUUCCGCCGGCGCUGGCUUCCAACGCCGUGGGUUCACCGUUGCUGCCACGAACGCCAACCUUUGACAAGUACAGGCCACACGAGAACUUCUCGGCAGUCGUGUCCAACUCCAAGCAGUCCUACAUGGACAUGAUCUCCAAGAUCAAGGCGCGGCCAUCCCGCUUCGCAAAGGAAGGGGUUUAUUUUCAAUCCAAAGAUGGGUUUGGCAGGUUACCCUCGGCCAAGGGACAGAAUUACGGUUAUUCUUUCUCCCGAUCACUGGACAGUGCGGAAGAUCUGGAGGAGAAACCUUCCGCGGAGGAGCAAGUCGCUCGCGAGGACUAGCGGGCUGCGAUGAGAUUUCUAACGAGUAACACCAGCUGGUGCGGUGACCUUGAGCAGUAUCAUUGAAAAUGUGGCGUCGAAAAAGUAUUUUGAGGAGCAAUGCAAACCGAGAGUUUGGGGCAAUGAGAUUGAGUAAGCACCGUAGAUGAGCAGGUACAUCCGUCCAUACAUCCCUCUGUGUGUGCGCGUGUCUGUACACAGACUUACGUGGGUAGCGGGAAUGUAGGGGCUGGCGCGCAGUGUGCUGCAAACCCGAGACGAUUAUCUGAACGGGUUCUUGGGCCUCCCAUAGGUCAACUCGGUCUCAAAUGAGUACCUGCUGCCGUGUUGUAGACAUCGCCACAAGGGAGAUAAUGGCGGCCGGGCGUGGUGCUGGCCACCCACCUCAAGUACUGUGCCGGCCUUCCAAGGUGCCGCUCGCUCACAGCACUUGGCCCCACAGUCUGUUGUGCCUACUCGGGGUGUCUUUGUCUUGUACACAUACAGUAAUUAGAAUGGGUGACAAAUGUGGUGUCAUUGAAAAGCGUAAUGAAUGCCAGAAUUUUAGAAUAAGAUAAUCCUUCACGGCCCUUUAGUCAGCCUAACGUUGGAUGAAGGUCUCUCCACGCCGUGUGAGUCAAUAGGGGGGAUUGACCAUACCUCACCGCGCCGGUCAGCGUGGGUUUGGUGAAGUUGGGGGGGGGGGGGUGCCCAGUUCAGGUACGGCGUGGUCAGGUCCCUCAUCUAGCAGUGGAUUGACAAACGGGCUGCGCACAUACUGUACGCAUAUUGUACGUGGUCACUUUGGUGGUGGAACUCAGUGCUUAAGACUAGUUGUUGGUAUUUUUUCAUUAUUUUGUCAGAGGUAAUCGAAUGUUGCCUUCAUUUUGUCGUCGUCGUGCAAGAUCUCAAAAGGUGUUGUUGCGUAAUCACAUACCUGUCAACCCCUUAUCAGUGCCGACCCUCAUGGGAUCUCCGUUGCCAGUACCAAAAUAUGAUCAUAGGUUUUUCCCCUUUUUUCUGGCAACAAAACAGCUGUUAAGAUGUUAAAACACCAAACUGAAACCUGUUACGAGUAAUCACGCCUACAUUAACCACAAUGCUUGUGGUCAGAAUGCAAACAAAAACACACUCUGAUAAUAUAUGCAUUGUCCUACCUUAUUACAGACAAAUUCAGACCUUAUUGGUCACUCAACGUUCAUCCUACGAAGUCCCAUCACAAGGGAGAAACACAAAAUCAAUAGGUCAAAAAACGAACGCUUUUUACUCAAUUUCCCUGCACAAGAAUACGGGUAAACAAUACGAGUUGACGCGUACUGACAUCAGCUGCGUCAGCGCCACGUGGUAUCGCGUGCACGCACAGUCCAGCGAGUCCUCGUUUAACGCGGUAGACGCGUUCCUGAACAGUGCCUCGUUAAGCGAAAACAACGUCCCCGUGAGUUAUGCAAUGACGAUCAGGUUUGACGAGGUACCGUGUCGCUACUACGACUAUGCGCGCACGGUAAGAAGCAGAGGUCGCAAACGGGUUUUGAUUCCUUACCCGUACCCGGCCGCACCAGGGUCACAAACGGGUACCCGUACCCUAUCCGAUACCCGGCUACCCGUACCCGGCCGGGUAUCGGGUAGGGUACGGGUACCCGAUUGCGACCUCUCGGAUGAAGCCAUGUUGCAGGCGCGGGUGGGUUUAUUCUAGGAACUUGAAUUGUGAGAAGAGACAAGACGUUGUCUCUUCUCGCCGUACCCGGCUGCACCAGGGUCGCAAACGGGUACCCGUACCCGGCCGGCUACAGGUAGCCGGGUAUCGGGUAGGGUACGGGUAUCGGGUACCCGAUUGCGACCUCUGGUAAGAAGGCGCGACACAGAGCCGAGGGUACGUCGCCGCUGCGUUACCGUAUCACUCCUUAAGAAGGUUGUUCGUCGUUGACCGCUCAGAAACCGCGUUACAACGGGGGGCGGGUGGCGUUGUGCGAGGAAGUGUUCCCGAAUGAAAGGGCCGCGUCGUUCGGGCGAACACCGGCCGCGCGUUAAGCGAGGACUCGCCGACGGGUGUGCCGGCACAUCCGUCGAGUUCCCCGGUGAUUUCACACCGGUUCCUAUUCCUGUACGGCUGCGGUGUGUCCGCAGAGGUGGGCAAACGGCAAUGGGUGAGUGGUCGGUGCGCCGCAACUACGGGCCCGGCGACCCGAGUUCGAUUCCGGCUCGCAGCCGACAUCGACGACGAAUACAUCUGAACCUUGUCCCGGAACUCCUCCUUGGCGUUAAAUGCGUAGCUGGUGCUGUGUGUGAACAUCAGGGGAGACAAAGGCGGCCAGGCGAGGGGUUGGGCGUCCACCCCCUCGUGUGCUUUGCCGGCCUUCAUCGGUGCUCGCUCACAGCACUUGCCUCGACAGUCUGUUAAGGCUACACGGGGGAUCUUUGUGUUUGUGAGUGAGGUGUGUCAGUGAACGUGGGCUGUAUAACGAAUGGGUAUCAUACCGGGACAGCUACAUUUGCAUUUCCAUCGCUGCUUAUACAUGCACGUAUGUAUGUUGAACUUCUUUCGCACCGUACGUAGCCAACCGUGCUAAUUGGAGGUGUGGGGGAAGGACAACUAAACACAACAAUCUAGAUGAUGAUUUAAAAGUGCAUAGCUCCCAGCGGCUUACUAAUAUCGGACAGUAGAGCGUUAAAAACGGCCGUAGAAGCAUAUCUGAGAGCGCGCGAUACAGUGACCGUCUUUAAUAAAUAUAUAAUAACAAAUGUAAUACACUCCGGUUAGAAAACCAAUUAACCCCUUCCGAUAUGUUGAGGUGUGCGCGCUGCUGCCUAAUCCUGGCUACACACAUAUUCAAUUACCCUGGUGACUCACACACGCGCGCCAACCGCUCCCGCACGUCAGUAUUUACUUCUGAGUGAAGAGGAGGCCAACAUCCCUUUUCCACUGCGCAAACCGAGCCGUGCCAGAGCCCUUGCCAGCCGGGCGUGGCACACGAAAGGCACCGGGGGUUGGGUUUUCCAUUGCGUAAGCCGAGCCGUGCCGUGCUCACUGACGUCGCGUGCAUCGAACGAGUCAAGACGCGCGUCCAGGGACUCGACUUUCGAACUUUCAGAGAAACGAACUUUCAGAGAUACGAACAAACCUUCACGGAUAUCCAGUUGAACGUUCAGACCAAGAGUCGUACGUUCAACCGACCCGCACAAUAGAUGGCAGUGGUGGCAUCUCCAUCUGUGGAACAUGAAGAACCAGUGGUAUCUACAUCUACAGAACAUGACGAACCAGUGGCAUCUACAUCUACAGAACAUGACGAACCAGUGGCAUCUACAUCUACAGAACAUGAAGAACCAGUGGCAUCUACAUCUACAGAACAUGAAGAACCAGUGGCAUCUACAUCUACAGAACAUGAAGAACCAGUGGCAUCUACAUCUACAGAACAUGAAGAACCAGUGGCAUCUACAUCUACAGAACAUGAAGAACCAGUGGCAUCUACAUCUGCAGAACAUGAAGAACCAGUGGUAUCUACAUCUACAGAACAUGAAGAACCAGUGACAUCUACAUCUACAGAACAUGACGAACCAGUGGCAUCUACAUCUACAGAACAUGAAGAACCAGUGACAUCUACAUCUACAGAACAUGAAGAACCAGUGGCAUCUACAUCUACAGAACAUGACUAACCAGUGGCAUCUACAUCUACAGAACAUGACUAACCAGUGGCAUCUACAUCUACAGAACAUGACGAACCAGUGGCAUCUACAUCUACAGAACAUGAAGAACCAGUGGCAUCUACAUCUGCAGGAGAUGAUACAACUUUAAAGCCCUUCCCCUUGUUUAGUUUACACGCCAUACAACGUGUUUUAAAUAGACAGGAGUAAAGUUGGACUUACGAACAAAUCGACUUACGAACAGACCUCUGGAACCUAACUCGUUCGUAAGUAGAGGAGUCCCUGUAGUUGACGACCGGGUGACUCCACACAUGGCGUUACCGACUGAUUUUGCGCGCGCAACGAACGCCAUCGUCAACCCUGGCUCUCCCCCUGGCCUCUGCUUGUAGGAGGUCGUGGGUUCGAUCCCGACCCUGAUGCCUGCUGCUGUAUAUUUGGAGUUUGUGGUGUUUAUCUCUCCCCGUGGUUGCGUGGCGUUUUCUCUGGGUUCCCUCCACAUUUAGAAUCAGCAUCACGCGUUUGGAGUAUUUGGCUGCUACGUGAUCACGAUGAUCAUGAUGAUAAGCCACUUCGUCGAGCAAUCAUUUGUGGCCAGGUCGCUUCUGAAAAAGAGCUACAUAGCUCAGCGGGCCUUACCUGGUAAACUACAAAAUAGUUUAUAGCUUUAGUUUGGGCCCGUGAAGCUAGCAGCGUAGCACGGCUUAGUUUUUCGGCUCGGAAAACAGGCUGUGGAAAAACUACCCGUACCGCGCUGGCUCGGUUCGGAUGUGGCAAUGGAAAAGGUGUUAUUAUUAUUUUUGGGGUUUCCUAUUCGUUUGUUGCAUUAACCACGAUGUGUCUCGUCUCAAACAUAAAAAAAAACUCAUCAGUAUUGAAAUGAAUGAUUAAAUAUCGCGUUGUCGUGUUAACCUCUUUUGCUGCUUGUGACCCUCACGGCACGGGGAGGCCUUCAUCUAGCGGUGGAUUAGCAAACGGUUUGUAACCUCGUACAAUAUCCGGGCGCUGGUGGCUAUGCUGCCGCGCGUGUGGCCUGUAACCCAGCCCCCCUGGAAACAGCGGGGGGGCGGUGGAUGGAUCACAACAACAACCGCCGUUCUCCGCCAAGUGGAGGCGACGUCGCCAAGUCGCUUGUGCCAGGCUAGGUGCACUUUGAAACUCCCUCCCUGACAUUGCGGGGCGUCGAUGUCGCCGCCGUGUUCCCGGCUUUCGUCGACGGGCACGGCGGGCAGUACAGCAAGUGGGUUCAGUUCCAUCCGUGCCGGGAUCGAGUGUAACCCACACAAGCUGGGGUUUCUCUGGGAAGUCCAGGCUUCCACCCACCCCCCACGUGUGUCAACAAUGAGUGCAAUUUGGCUGAGAACGUCUUAAUAUAUAUAGUUAAUAUAUACACACGUAAGGGACGGCAGAGCUCGGGAAAUUGUUGGUCGUGCUGCCUCGUCGCGUGGCUGCCGUCUUCCCGCUCGUCCGUAAAUUAUGCGGCAGUGGUUCGACUCCAAAUUUGCACGAUGUCGCUCGAUACAACAAAAAAUAUAAAUAUAUAUUAAUAAAAUGUGUUAAGUGCGUGCCUUAUGCUAUUUUUAAAAAAUGAUGUAUCCACGGUCCCUUAAAGGCGUGUACUUUUUGAAUAUGUGGUGUAAUUAUAACGGGACAGUGGUUGUCCCUUGGAUGGGGCGACUGGCCCCCCGCCAUAGCAAUGUGGAAUUUCCGCCAUUGGCACGCGGGGUUGCGAAUGUUUGAGUGCAACGCUUCACCGGUGCAAACUGAAAUUAAUUCAUUUUUUUUCUCUCUCUCUGUGUGCUUCACACAAAAUGUUCAUAUCAACCUUGCAUGUGUAAUAAACACGUGGUGGGGAUUUUA